ACCAGUCUCUGUCUGUUUUGAAAUACCGCCCUCACCGUCAAGUUCCAACUUUUUCUUCACUCAUUCAUAAAAACAUUGUGGCGCGGUGGAAGUCGACAAAUUUACAGGCCUAGGCCCUAUCUAGAAUACCGCUUGAAAAUCAUGAAUUUACGAAAUAGAUUGCAGUAUUUGAAGCGUCUAUGUACCGCCCAUUUUGUGUCAAAUGCCAUUUUAUGUGUGCUUUUCCUAGUACUAAGAACAGUUCGUCCGUUAUGUACUAUCGUUUUCCCGAGAACUGAACCAGAAUGUAGCCUAGAAUGGCGUGAGAGUAACAUAUUGUUAUUUCUGCUGUGUGUUGUUGUGAUCAAAAACAGGAAGUUUCCAGAUGUUUUCCAGUUUACCAAAAUCCUAUUUUCUUUGUCAAAAGUUGCCAACUUUUUACUCUUUUUCUACUCUGAUAUACGGCUAGCUAUACUUUACAGUGUACUGUGUUUGCACUUGGGAUCAGUACAAGUGGAACUAGUCUAGAAUUACCAACUGUAAUAUUAUUCCAGAAUGGUAAACCAGUCAUCCGUAGGCCUGUAAAGAACAACAAAGGAAAAGUUAUCAAGUUUCAGUUUACUGAGGCUAACAUGAUAAGAGACUUUGAUUUGAAUGUAAUUUAUGAAGAGAGUAAAACAAAAGCACAAAGAAAACAGGAGAAAAAAGAAAAGGCGGAAGACAAUAAGGAAAAUGCUGAAGAGAAAAAAGAGAAGUGAAAGGAAGAUCACUUAGAUAUGAGAGUAGAUAAAGAACAAUUGAGGUCAUUGACCUUUCCAGAAUGUUAAUCAAAGUUAACUGACUGACCAGAACAGGACAAGGAUUGCAUGCUUGUCCCACAACCACACGUGUUCACAUACGUUAACGCAGGAUUGCAUGCUUGUCCCACAACCACACGUGUUCACAUACGUUUACGCUAUCGUUUUGUGGGACCGUAGUAACAAUAUCCAGGGGGUGGGGCUCAGCGAGAUGGUCCAAUGAAAAGCAUGCUGUGAGAUUGAUUCUUUCUUUAGAUUGCGGGCACUUUGAGUACUUGAGUGCUGGUUUUCAAAGUGGUACAGUUACAAAACAAACCAUCAAAAUAGAAAGAAAAAAAAAUAAAUACACAAAGUCAAAAGGAUUACACAAUAAUAGUGUAUUGUGCCAAUAUGCCUAACUAAAUAUAAAGCUCUUUCCCAAUUAUCAAAUUGUCUUUGGUAAAACGCUGCUGUAUGCCCAUAUAUAGUCAUGAUGUUUCUAUAUAUGGUCAUGAUGUGAUGUCAUAUUUAGGAAUGUUACAUGGUUUUGUCAAAUACAAUUUGACAGUCCGGAUAGGGCUUUAUAAUUCAAUAUUUGAAUUGCUUACGUCAAUAACUUUCAAUUAAUAAUUAGAACAGGAAAAUAUAUUCCUUGCCAUUUAAAGAUGUAUUGUAUCAUGCAAAAUACCAAAAAAGCACCAAAAAAAAAGCAUAAAAAUCAUUAUUAAAAUUAACUUGCUCAUUUUGAAGUAAACAUAAAAAUGUUUACCCAUAAAUUUACAGUAAUAAAUGAUAGAAAUACUUGCAGUCAAUGGAAGUGUUUUAAUAAAUUUAUUAUAUCCAUUCCAGUAUAACAAUCAGGGUACAGAUUGUAGAAUUCAACCAUUUCUAUGCUCAAGUUUUCUAUAGAAAAGGAAAUUAUUGUUUGUGAUUUUUUGUCAUUUUCAGGGAC